GCAUCUUCCCAGCUGGGCUAUUGCUAUUAUUAUUAGUACUACUAGUAGUAGUAUUUAAUGGGGGUCCUGCUUUCUCCCUUCAUGCCUCCCUGCAGGUUUGACUGUAGGUGCCGAAACUGGGCUCGACAGAGCUUAAAGAUGCUGAGGGCUGUUUGGCUGCUCAGCGUGUUCACAGUGGCUGGGAUCUCUCCGACAGAGAGCCGCAAACCUGCCAAAGACAUUUGCAGCAAAAGCCGCUGCCCUUGUGAGGAGAAGGAGAACGUGCUGAAUAUUAAUUGUGAAAACAAGGGAUUUACUACGGUCAGCCUCUUGUUGCCUCCGCCAUCCAAGAUCUAUCAGCUCUUCCUCAACAGUAAUGCCUUCACCCGUCUCUACCCCAAUGAGUUUGUCAAUUAUUCCAACGCUGUGACCCUGCACCUGGGAAACAACGACAUGCAGGAGAUCCGAACUGGGGCCUUUGUAGGCCUUCGAACCCUAAAGAGACUGCACCUCAACAACAACAAGCUGGAAAUCUUAAGGGAGGACACAUUCCUAGGCUUGGAGAACCUGGAGUACCUGCAGGCUGACUACAAUUACAUCAGUGCGAUCGAAGCUGGAGCUUUCAGCAAGCUCAACAAGCUGAAAGUGUUGAUCCUCAAUGACAACCUCCUGUUGUCUUUGCCUAGCAAUGUGUUCCGCUUCAUUCUGCUCACGCAUCUGGACCUCAGAGGGAACCGGCUGAAAAUGAUGCCUUUUGCUGGGGUCCUGGAGCACAUUGGGGGCAUCAUGGAGAUCCAACUUGAGGAGAACCCUUGGAACUGUACCUGUGACCUCCUGCCGCUGAAGUCUUGGCUGGACACCAUCACGGUCUUCGUUGGGGAAAUAGUGUGUGAGACGCCUUUCAGGCUGCAUGGCAAAGAUGUCACCCAACUCACAAGGCAAGACCUCUGCCCUCGCAAAAGUGCAGGUGAGUCCAACCAGAGGGAGAAGCACCCUUCCCACUCCGACACACACAUCCAGAGGUUUCCUCCGACAGCUAACUCUGCCGUUGGGGCUACCAGGGCUCCCAAAGCCAGCCGUCCACCCAAAACAAGGAACCGCCCAACCCCACGGGUCACAGUGUCUAAAGACAGACAGAUUUUUGGGCCUAUCAUGGUUUACCAGACCAAAUCUCCUGUGCCGCUCACUUGCCCAGCUGGUUGUGUUUGCACCUCUCAGAGUUCUGAUAAUGGGCUGAAUGUCAACUGCCAAGAGAAAAAAAUUGGCAACAUCUCUGAUCUGCUCCCCAGGCCUACAAGUCCAAAGAAACUCUAUCUGACAAGCAAUUACUUGCAAACGGUCUACAAAACAGAUCUCUUGGAAUACAGCUCACUGGAUCUGUUGCAUUUGGGAAACAACAGGAUUGCAGUGAUCCAAGAAGGUGCCUUCUCCAACCUCACCAGUUUACGCCGACUCUAUCUCAAUGGCAAUUACCUUGAGAUUCUGUAUCCUGCCAUGUUUGAAGGGCUGCACAGUUUGCAGUACCUCUACUUAGAAUAUAAUGUGAUCAAGGAAAUCCUGCCACACACUUUCGAUGCACUGGGUAACCUUCACCUCUUAUUUCUGAACAACAACCUGCUGAGGUCUCUGCCUGACAAUGUGUUUGCGGGUACUACCUUGACAAGGCUUAACCUAAGGAACAACCAUUUCUCAUACCUGCCUGUGCGAGGGGUCCUUGAUCAGCUUUCAGCUCUCAUCCAGAUUGACCUCCAGGAAAACCCUUGGGAUUGUACCUGUGACAUCAUGGGGCUAAGGAACUGGAUCAAGCAAGUGACAGACCAAAACAGCCAGCAGUCAGGGGCCCCUGUUGUUAUAAAUGAAGUGAUCUGUGAUUCUCCAGCCAAGCACACUGGAGAACAUCUCAAGACCCUCAGCAAGGAGUCCAUCUGCCCCGAGAAUCCCAACCUCUUGGAUUCGUCUUUCUUGCCACCAGAUGUUAACACCAAUGCCCCGCAAACCUUCAGCAUCUUCCCCAGCUCCUACCCAGAAAUACGCACUGAAGUCCCUCUCUCUGUCUUAAUUCUAGGCCUUCUGGUUGUGUUCAUUUUGUCUGUCUGUUUUGGGGCCGGUCUGUUUGUCUUUGUUCUCAAACGCCGAAAGGGCAUGCCAAGUGUGCCCAGCAGUGCCAACAACCUUGAUGUAAGUUCUUUCCAGUUGCACUAUGGGUGCUACAACAGUGAAACACAGGAUAAAGCGGAGGGGCAUGUGUACAAUUACAUCCCACCACCUGUUGGCCAGAUGUGCCAGAACCCCAUCUACAUGCAGAAGGAGGGAGACCCUGUGGCUUACUAUAGGAACCUCCACGAGUAUAGCUAUAGCAAUCUUGAGCCGAAGAAGGAUGAAUCGGCUAGCCUAGCAUUUACGAUCACUGCAGCAGAGACGCUGGAAAAGCAGACCUUUUCCAGGGAGCCGGAGCUGCUCUAUCAAAACAUUGUGGAAAGGGUGAAAGAGCUGCCCAGUGGAAGCCUCGUCCAUUAUAACUUUUGCACCCUCCCCAAGAGGCAGUUCACCCCUUCCUACGAGUCAAGGCGACAGAACCAGGACAGGAUAAAUAAGACGGUUUUGUAUGGGACUCCACGGAAAUAUUUUACAGAACAAUCCAAACCUGAGCUUCCUUUACUGCAAGGAAAACUCCAGACUGAACCAGACUACCUCGAAGUUCUGGAAAAACAAACUGCCAUUAGUCAGCUGUGA